AUGGAGGAAGUGGAAAGUAUGUGGAAGAAACUUUCUCUGUCGAAGGAAGAAGAACAGGGUUUUGAGGUACCCAAGUCAUCUGGGAUCUCUAGCUCGCUGUUAGCAGGUAAAUUCCUAACGCACCGUUCGAUCAACAAAGAGGCGGUGAUCAGGACCUUCAGGCCGCUGUGGCGUACUCGAAAACCGUUUCGAACCCAUGAGAUGGGUGAUAAUAAAUUGGUUUUUGAAUUCGAAAAUGAUGUUGAUCUGGAAAGGGUCAUGGAGUACGAACCAUGGACCUUUGACAAGCACUUGGUUCUUUUCCAAAGGAUCGAAGACUCCACAACUAUCUCUUCCCUCUCUUUCAAUGAGUGCGCCUUUUGGAUUCAGAUACAUAAUCUCCCCAUCAAAAGCAUGACUUCUGAACUUGGAAUGUCCAUAGGCAAAUCCUUAGGCAGGGUUAUUUGUGUUUCAGAAACUAAUGAGUUUGCUUCGAUUGGCCGCUCCCUUCGUGUUCGUGUAGCCAUAAACGUGAAUAAGCCUUUGAGCAGGGGGAGGAAACUUUGGGAGAAUGGCGUCGGAGUUGGUUGGGCUUCCUUCCGCUACGAAAGACUCCCUAAUUUCUGCUACUGGUGUGGUAGUCUGCUGCACGAAGACAGGGAGUGUGAGUUGUGGCUCAGCAAAAGGAAUAAGUCUUCAAUAGAGAAAGGGCAGUUUGGCCCAUGGAUGAGAGCUGAAACGAAUCUUGCUGGCCGUAAACCAUGGUACUCUUCAUCGGUGCCGGAGCGUGGAGGUGUUUCGCCUCCAAAUCAUAGUAAAGCUCCGCCACUUUUGAAAAGUCCAACUCCUCUGCAUUCUGGCUCGGCAGUCGAGGUUGCACCUACCGAGACCACCUGCCCCAAAAAGGCUAACCCGGUUGAGUCGCCUGAAAGUAGUGUACACGCCAAGCCCUUGCAGAAUAACCCGGAAAGUUUUGAAAAGACAUUGCGGUUGAUUGACAGAGAACUGGGAUUGGCUGCGGAUCUUGUGUCCCCGUGUGAGAAGCACUCUGAGGAUGUAAUUAAUGCAGGAAAAACUUCCCCCGUGAACUCUCCCGCGUAUGAAGUUGCCAAGCUUAGUCCCUCUGCAUGCAUUGUUUUGGAGAGUGACUGUGGGCCGAAGCAGGAAGAUGGGCCGAAUAAUACUUUUGCUUUUUCUGCUGGUUGCUCAAGGCCCCCACUCCAGGACAUCUCUAAUACAAUUGGGCCUAAUAACAAGCCCAAGUCUUCAAGUCAAGGUACGUGGACUCGUUUAGCUAGGCAGCCCAAUAAUAAUUAUUUAGAUGAGAAUAUGGGUAUUUCAAAUAGGGUGAGGCCCGUUUCUGAAGAUUCUGAACCCCAUGCAAAAAAACUCAGAGCGUCCAUCCCAGUUGUCUCUAAUGAAGCAAAAUCUCCUUUGGCGUUGGCUGGUGCUCAGCCACGCCAAUCACCAUGA